AUGUCCGCAGAAACCGCGCCAGGCUUCCAAGUUUCCGGCGGGCGGGUGGUGUCGCCUCACAGUCAGCAACGAAUGCAGACCGAAGAGAGCGUCUGCGGAAGCUCGCGCUCGAGACGAUUGACCUCGGACAAAGACCCAUACUUCUUCAAGAACCACGUGGAGGAGUUUCGAGAAGAAAACAUCAGACACAACUUGGCGCGUCGUGCUGCGAAAGAGCAGCGUGAGGGCAAAAGGGAUGACGCGAGCCAGGCGGGACUGCUUGCCGGCGUGCAGGUCAAGAAGAACACACUCAAGAUCGGACGACCAGGUUACCGCAUUACCAAGGUCCGCGACCCGAUGUCCCGCCAGAACGGCUUGUUGUUCCAGUUCCAAUUCCCAGACAUCACCACCGGCGUCGUCCCGCGAGUCCGCUUCAUGAGCGCCUACGAACAGCGCGUCGAGGAGGCAGACCCAAACUACCAGUACCUCAUUGUCGCGGGUGAGCCGUAUGAGACUGUCGCAGUGAAGCUGCAGGCGCGCGAGAUCGACAGGAGGGAGGGAAAGUUCUGGACCUGGUUUGACGACGACAACAAAGAGUUCUGGUGUCAGCUGCUCUUCAAGACUGAGCGCGACGAGCGCUUCAGCGCAGUUCCAGGUCUUGCUCCCGGUCGGAAAUAA